AUGGCUGCCGCGGUUGUCUACCCACACCUCAUUUCAAAAAUCGCCGACCCCCUCUUCGCAGUCAUUAUCGGCACCUCAGCAGCCUUUGUGCGCAUCCGCCGCGAACAUAGAGAGAAACACCCUGACCAGCCGGACGAUGCGCGCUACCUGUUUAACCUUGGCACAACGAGGGUGAAGAGGUGGUGGGGUGGGUGGGCGGAGUAG